AAAUAAAGACAUUUUCCUUUUUUUUUCCCCCCUUGCUUUCCCUUUACAGCUCUGCCCCUCUCUCUCACGCAUUCUAGCGCGUACUACCCUUCUUCGGACUUUCCUCGAGAUUACGACCGGUGAUCUAACUCCGUUGACGUGAUUUCAGCUUUGUUGGAGGCCGUCUGAGCAGCGGCAAUUAAUGCCGUCGACUACAGCAGCUCUUCCACAGCUGUGACUAUGCUUUGAGAGGUUUUGAAGAGCAACGGUCUCAGAGCAGUUUAAAGUGAUGUGGACAAAUGUUUUUAGAAUUGGAGGUCUUCAUCACGUAUCAUGGUUCCAAUUUCUCCCUAAUGAAUCUGAUUUGAAUCCUCUACCAGAUAAGAGUGUAAAGUUAGAGCAGAAAGAUGCUGCUACAUGGUUAGUGCUUUGGUCUCAUUUGCAGUUGCAGAAAGAUGGAUUUCUCAGUACAUGGACAAAUUCCUUUGUCGGACCUUGGGAUCCGUCUCAGGGUUUGCACAAUCCUGAUGAAAAAAUCAAACUCUGGCUUUUCCUUCCUGGGCGUCACUCUUCUGUUGUUGAGACUGCCCAAGCUUCAGUGUCUAGAUUAAGAGUUGUUUCAUCUGGAGUUUGGGUGGCUCCCGGGGACUCUGAAGAAGUUGCUGCAGCUCUUUCUCAGUCUUUAAGGAAUUGUAUAGAAAAAGCGCUUGGUGGACUAUCAUACAUGAGAUAUGGAGAUGUAUUUUCAAAGUAUCACCCAUCUCAAAAUGAAGGACUUUUCAGGAGACAACCUACAGUUGAAUUUGUCUUUGCUGCCAAUGAAGAGGCAAUCUUUGUGCAUGUUGUAAUAUCAGCAAAGCAUAUCCGAGCACUUUCAAGUGGUGACAUAGAGAAAGUGUUAAAGCAUUCUACUAACCAUUCUGGUUACAGACUUCCAGUGAUUGUUUCUCCUCAUGGAAUGCGUGGCUGGCUCACAGGAUGUUGUCCAAAUGAUCUUAUCAAGCAAGUGUAUUUCAGCGGUUCCGGAAAGAUUAGGACAUCAAAUAGAUUUAUAGGUCUACCAUAUCACCUUUCUCAAGGGCCUGGAUGCUUGCUGAGGGGGCAAAAUUGCUAUGUUGAAGUGACGCUUGGUUGUCCUAUAUCUGACACCGAGAAGGGGUUGCAAUCAAGCUCAAAUUCAAUCAGGAACUUAACUAAGAAUCAUGUUGUGGAAUCUCCUGUUGUGGGAAGAGGCGAUCAUAAGGGAUCACCAGAUCAAAUAUCAAUACAUGAGAAGACAUUUAUUUAUCCAGCUGAGGCAGUGGUUGUUCCAGUCUUACAAACAUCAUUUGCUAGAUCUUCUUUAAAAAGAUUUUGGCUCCAAAAUUGGAUUGGGCCAUCGUUCCCCGGUUCAUCUUUCUUUAUGCAUUGUGGCGGUGAUUUAGAUAGCAUGGAAGGAUCUCGGAUUGAAUCAAAUGGAACACGUAUACAGCAUGGGUAUAAUAGUAGUAGUAAUAGCAAUAGUAGCAGCAUUGGCUCAAUAAGCAGCAGCUCCAGUGAUAGUGAUCAAAAGAUGACCACUGAAACUGGUGACCUUGAUGCAGAUGCAGAUUCAUUAUCAUGUAGACAAUCUGGUUUAUCUUCUAAUGAUCAGCUUGAAAUUGAUGGCGCCAAAUUGGGUUCUAAACGUCCUCGUUCAGGAAUGACAGAGGCAUAUGGUCAAAUGGGUACCAUGAAGAAUACUUCUAUGCAAGAUGCUUACAAGUCUGAUUUUGGUUCUCUUGAAGUUAACAAUUCAACCAUCACAGGUGUUGCAAAUGAGCAGAUUGGAUCUCAUUUAGAUUGGGAUGAUGAUGAUAGAGGUAUGGGGAUUAAUAUCCAAGCUCUUCUAUCUGAAUUCGGUGAUUUUGAUGACUUCUUUGAGAAUGACGCAUUGCCUUUUGGAGAGCCCCCUGGAACAGCAGAAUCACAGGCUCUGAUGUUUUCAGCCCCAGAUUGUGGAGAAGUUGUUAGCAGUCCUAUUGGGGUAAUGGAUGUUGCAGAUCAUAUGCUUUUGCCUGUAGGUUUUUCAUCUUUUGAGAGUUUUAAUCCACCUCCCACAACAUCUAUGGAUGAGUGCAUCAGCAAAAGUCAGGAUAUCACCCUCGAGGCUCUGACAUCAGGACCAGUGAACCAUACCCCUCUGUCUUCUACGGGUGAGUUUGAUCAUUUAAUCAAAGCUGAAGCUCUCAUGUCCUUUGCUCCAGAAUAUGGAGCAGUUGAAACCCGUGCAAGUGAGUCCUCAUCAUCAAUUUUCAGAAGCCCAUAUCGUCCACAGUCACGCAAAGUUGAGAGUUCAAAUUCAAGUCCAAACAAUUAUACAUACGGCGCAACCCCACCAUCUUCUCCUUGCUUCGAUGGAUCAGAUGAGAAGACUAGCAUGCCUAUGAAUCUAAAAUCAGGUCCUGCAAGGCAGGACACAAAGAAAUAUUACACUCAUGUAGAGAGUGGGAGGGAUUAUCGUGACAGAAAAUUCAUCACACACAAUGGUAGCCUUGCUAGAAGUGAGAUUGUGUCUUCUUCAUUCUCUAUGGUCAAUUCUACAAAUGCCAUCAAAUCUGUCCAAAGGAAAAUGGCUGAAGCUACAGGAUCAGAGAACUUCCUACUUUCUAUGAAGACUGUAUUGGCUACUGAAGUCGAAUGUCUUAUGUUCCAAGCUUCUAUGUGCAAGGUUCGACACAUACUUUCAUCUUCUUCUAACCCUGUACCUACAAGCUUGAGUAGGUUAAGCAGUAGCACUGUUUUGAGCGAACUUCCUGGAGAUGGAAGUACCAUGACAGACAAUAUAUCUAGCAGGUAUGAGAUGAAGAAGAAAGAAUCUAUACCAGUUAGAAUAGCUGGUGAUAUUGAUGGAGGAGUGCUGGAUAGUCAUCUCAAUGCACCUGUUGGUGUUUGGCGCUCUGUUGCAGUUCCUAAAGUAGCCAAACCUAGUAAUUCACCAAGUAUUGAAGUUGGUCCAUCCUUACCCUUCCAUUCAUUGAAUGAGGAAAGAAUGCUUUCAUAUAAGCACAGACAACCACUGCAGGAGCUACUGGAUGGCAUGGCAUUACUUGUCCAGCAAGCCACUUCUUUUGUUGAUGUGGCUCUGGAUGCAGAUUGUGGGGAUGGUCCUUAUGGCUGGCUUGCAUUGCAAGAGCAUUGGAGGCGUGGAUUUUCUUGUGGGCCUUCCAUGGUCCAUGCAGGCUGUGGGGGGACUUUGGCUUCUUGUCAUUCUCUGGACAUUGCUGGCAUGCCAUUAGUAGAUCCACUUUCUUCUGAUAUUAAUGCCUCCUCUGUGAUCAGCUUGCUUCACUCUGAAAUCAGAACAGCCUUAAAAUCUGCAUUUGGGAAUUUGGAUGGUCCAUUAUCCAUCACUGAUUGGUGCAGAGGCCGCAGCCAGUCUAGUGAUGGAGGUAUUGCAUGUGAUGGAUCUUUUGCCGAGUCUACUUUAAGCGAGUGCAAAGAUUCUUCAAGCACUGUAUGUUUAUCAGUUGGAGAACCAAUGAGCCCAGCUCAGUCUUCUGCUGCUGUAUCUUCUUGCCUUGAAGUGUCUGCUACAGCGGACGGAGCUAAAGCGGAUGACACUGGCCAAAGAAGAUUGAGCCAAGAAAUUGAGUCAGAGCAGCUACCAGGUUCCCGAAGGCCAACACUUUUUGUUCUUCCCUCCCCUGCUUUACUUGUCGGGUAUCAGGAUGAUUGGCUUAAGACAUCAUCUAGCUCUUUACAACUCUGGGAAAAGGCACCUUUUGAACCAUAUGCUUCACCAAAACCUAUUACUUAUUGUGUUAUAUGCCCGGACAUUGAUCCCCUUACUUCUGCUGCAGCUGAUUUUUUCCAACAACUUGGAACUGUUUACGAGAUGUGUAAAUUGGGAACUCAUCAACCUCAGAGUCAGGGAAACCAAAUGGAGAUAGACACGGGGAAAUUGUCUUCCACUGGUUUUGUGCUGCUAGAUUGUCCUCAGUCAAUGAAGAUAGAAAGCAGCAAUACAUCUCUUGUGGGUUCAAUUAGUGAUUAUUUUCUCUCUCUCUCUAAUGGCUGGGACUUGACAAGCUAUCUUAAGUCUCUUUCAAAGGCAAUUAAAGUUUUGAAAAUUGGUCCGAGCUUAUCAACAAACCCAAAAGAAGGAAAUAGUGGUCCUUGUAUGGUUAUCUAUGUGGUGUGCCCCUUUCCCGAACCUGUUGCAGUUCUACAAACUGUUAUUGAAUCUUCUGUUGCUGUUGGAUCAACAUUUCUCACAUCAGAUAGAGAGAGGAGACCGAUUUUGCUGAAUCAUGUUGGCAAGGCUCUAAGUUCCUCAGCAGUGGUGGAUGAAGCAUCACCCUCGAAUAUUCUAGUACUUUCAGGGUUUAAUGUUCCUAAAUUGGUAUUGCAAAUUGUUACAGUUGAUGCUAUUUUUAGGGUUACAAGUCCUGGUCUCAAUGAACUUGUUAUUCUUAAAGAGACUGCUUUCACUGUAUACAACAAGGCUCGUCGAAUUUCAAAAGGUUCCUCAAAUGAUAUUCAGUCAUCAACAAUGUCUGGUAGAUCUCAUUCUGUCAUGCCACAAAUGACUUCUAUUCCAGCAAUGUGGAAGGAUUGUGUUGCUCCUCGACUUGGAGGACCUGCACUUCCAAGAGAAGGUGAUAUUGAUGCUAGCUUGAGACCAGGUACCUGGGAUAACUCCUGGCAGACAAGGACUGGAGGAUUAAACUAUGAUCCAAACAGAAAUGGAGAUUAUUUUCUUCAGGAUGAUAUUCGCUACUUGUUUGAGCCACUUUUUAUUCUUUCAGAACCAGGAUCUCUGGAAAAUGCAACUGCCCCUGCUGUUUUUGGCAAUUUAACUGCUGAAUCUUCAAAGAUGUUAUCUGAUGAUAGUAGUGGAGGCUUCAUGCAAAAUGCUAGCUCAGCUGUGAGUGCAGAUACUGGAUCAAGUUCUCAACUUGAUGGAUCGGAGCCAGAUGGCUUUGGAGGUAGCUAUCAAAAGACUCUUCCAAGUCUACACUGUUGCUAUGGAUGGACUGAGGACUGGCGCUGGCUAGUGUGCAUCUGGACAGAUGCAAGAGGAGAAUUACUUGACAGCCAUAUAUUCCCUUUUGGUGGAAUUAGCAGUCGGCAGGACACAAAGGGCUUGCAAUGCCUCUUUGUGCAAGUUCUCCAGCAAGGUUGUCAGAUACUUCAGGCUUGCUCCUCUCCUGAUAUUGGUGCCAUAAAGCCUAGAGAUUUCGUGAUUACACGCAUUGGGAAUUUCUUUGAGCUUGAGUACCUAGAAUGGCAGAAAGCAAUUUAUUCAGUUGGGGGUUCUGAGAUGAAAAAAUGGCCCUUGCAACUUCGGCGAUCUAUACCUGAUGGGAUGCCUGGAAGUAGUAACGGGGCUUCCUUGCAGCAACAGGAGAUGAGUUUAAUGCAAGAGAGAACUCUUCCUUCGUCACCUAGUCCAUUGUACAGUCCUCACUCAAAAGGUUCUGGCUUUAUGAAGGGUGGUUUGGGACAAUCUUCUGGGAGAAAACAGCUCAUAGGUGGACACACUGUGGUUGACAACUCGAGGGGAAUGCUUCAGUGGGUGCAGAGCAUCAGUUUUGUUGCAAUUUCAAUUGACCAUUCUUUACAUCUGGUUUUUCAAGCAGAUUCACAAUCUCCUGCUGGAGCUCAGGGUGGCAUUGGUGUUGGAGCAUCUGGUUAUCUGGAAGGUUUUACUCCUGUAAAGUCUCUUGGUUCUACAUCUGCAUCUUACAUUGUAAUUCCAUCACCCAGCUUGCGCUUUCUCCCUCCAACCCCUCUUCAGCUACCGACUUGUCUUACUGCCGAAUCACCUCCGCUUGCACAUCUACUUCAUAGUAAAGGCUCUGCAAUUCCCCUUGCAACUGGCUUUGUGGUUUCUAAAGCUGUGCCUUCUAUGGGGAAAGACUACAGGAGCAACUCAAGGGAAGAAUGGCCUUCUGUUCUUUCUGUGAGUCUUAUCGAUUAUUAUGGGGGUAAUAGUAUUACCCAAGAAAAAAUUCCUAGGGGGAUUAUGAAGCAAGGAAGAAUAAGUUCGGAAGUUAGAGACUUUGAAAUUGAGAUACACUUGAUUCUCGAGUCCAUAUCGGCAGAGCUUCAUGCUUUGUCAUGGAUGACUGUGAGCCCAGCAUAUUUGGAUAGACGGACUGCACUGCCGUUUCAUUGUGACAUGGUUUUAAGGCUUAGAAGGCUGCUUCAUUUUGCUGAUAAGGAGCUGUCUUCACAACCCGAUAAGUCGCAGAUGUAAGAUGGAUAAAUCAUACAAUAGACAGAAUGCCCAAUUGAAAUUAGGUAUUGUCAUCACUACGUAUGACUUUGGUGUACAAUAAAAGCAUAAAAAGUAAUAAAUGUAACGGUAGCUGCCUUUUUUGUACUUCCGGAAAGAUAUGGAAGUCUGGGAAGAAAUAGUUAGAUCUAACAAAUACAGUUGCAAUAGCAUAUGCAAAAAAAAAAAAAAGUGUAAAUGAAUUAGGAUAGUUCAUUACAGCACAGCUCUAACCACCACGAUUAGUGUAUUAUUUUAUUUUAUUGUUAAAACAUCUUUAGCCCUUCUUUUUACAGUUUAA